UCUCCCACAGUGUUCAAUGGUGACUACAGCUGGAACCCCUGCACCACGCACAGACAGCUCAUCACUAUGACAGAUGACUGCUUGUGGUUUGAAGGGUUACCUUUCCUUGUUUUUGGUUCCAGCUAUGAAGUUAUAAAAGAAGUAUGUGCUCAGUUUGUGAUAAAGGAUGAAGAUAUAGUAAUGGUGUCUUUCCCAAAAUCAGGAACCCACUGGUUGGUUGAAAUUCUCUGCCUGAUUCACUCCAAAGGUGAUACCACGUGGAUUCAAUCUGUGCCCAUCUGGGAACGGGCACCCAUGAUAGAGACAGAUAUGGGUUACAGAUUGUCAAAUGAGAAAGAGGGCCCACGGCUCCUGUCCUCUCACCUCCCCUUGCAUCUCUUCCCCAAGUCUUUAUUCACUUCCAAGGCCAAGGUGAUAUAUAUCAUGAGAAAUCCCAAAGAUGUUCUUGUGUCAGGUUAUUAUUUUUAUACUAUGACAAAUGAUUAUAAGAAACCAGAGUCUCUGGAACGAUAUUUUCAAUGGUUCAUCCAAGGAAACGUGCCCUAUGGAUCAUGGUUUGAGCACAUUCGUGGCUGGAUGUCCCUGAGAGACAAAGAGAACAUCCUGCUGCUGAGUUAUGAAGAACUGCAGAAGGACCCAAGAAGCACCAUAGAGAGGAUCUGUCAGUUCCUGGGAAAGAAGCUAAAUCCAGAAAAACUCGACUCAGUCCUCAAGAAUUGCUCCUUCCAAGUCAUGAAUCAAAACAAGAUGUCCAAUCUUGAAAUAUUGCCUGAAGAAUUCUCUUCUAGGCAUUUAAAAAUUACAAGAAAAGGCAUCUCUGGGGACUGGAAGAAUCACCUCACAGUGGCCCAAGCUGAAGCCUUUGAUAAAGUUUACCAGGAGAAGAUGGCGGGUUUCCCCAAAGGGCUGUUCCCAUGGGAGUAAUGUCCAAAAAUUCUGAAUAUGGUCAUUGUUUUUAAUGUCCUGGGAUGUGUACACGACUGGGGCAUUCUUCACAUAAAACCCAUACUUACAGGAAAGAUGGAGGGUAGAUAGAAUAACACAAAGAACCAAUGAAAUAUAAUUAAUGGAUGAGCAAAAUAAAAUGUCUAAUCAAGUGAAGAAGGAGAAUUGUAGAAAGGAAGGAGCAUGGUAGAGAAAGGGGGGUUCAUGAACUGAAACGGAUUUUCAUGCAUGAAUGAGUUUUUCCAGAUGAGCCCAAUUCCUAUGUGUAACAAUAAAUCUCUGAACAAAAGUGAAAAAUCUGCUUCUUCCUUCUGGAGAGUUG